UAGAUUGGGCUGUGACUGGUUCCCAGCUGCCAGAUGAGUUGUUGUCCUCGGCCAAGGACGUAGGCUUCACCCUGCCAUACCUCACUUCCGUCGGACCUAUCGACAUCAGCGACAGCUUCAAAGAAAAGCUGCCCGGAAGAAGGUGCGUUUGCGCGGGCAACCGGAUGUUUCGUUUAGGAAGCGGAAGUAACAGGGGACCAGCUUCAGUGACGUACAAAGGAAACAUUAAAGGGCAUGAAUCUGAGUUCAGAUGGGACGUCAAUCUAACCUUUAAGACAGGGGAGGCAGUAACAGUAGACGGGGAACUGGCCGCCAUUUUGGCCAAUACUCGCUACAGGGAUUCCUUUGACCUUCAAGACACUUCCGGUCCGGCCGAGACAAGGCGGUGUCAAAAUCCCUUUGCAUAUCUGGAUCAGCUGUCAUCCCAGGGUAAACGUUUUCCCUAUAUCUUCACACUGAAGGAAUACCCCUGACGUCAAUGUCCUAGCUGAACACGUUCAGAUUUCUGGUUCAAGGGUUGUAUCAGAUG